AUGAACAGCAACUACUCCAGCGUCAAUGAGGAAGACCUCGCCGAGGACCAGCUCACUCAGCCAGCUCACUUUCACCCAGACCCCAAUUCAAACACCCACCAUCCUACAUCCUCUGGGGGCCACUACUACGCCGCCCGAACCCUCAGCAUCGACCGCGACGAAUCGGGACCCGCAGCGACCGCCAUUACUUUCGGCGACGAUACCAACAAAGCGCCACCCUCGUACGCAAUGGGUUCGCCAACGUCUCCCCCUCGCGUUGGAGGCAAGCAGGCCUUGAGUAGAUUCAGAGCCAUUGCCAACCAAGCUGGAACUGUUGAUGCCACUGUGAUGGAUAUGAACCAGACCCAAUACACAAAACAGCAAGGCAUGGCGAACAGCGAGUUCUUAGCCUGGCUUCAGCAACCUAGGCCUGAAUGGUCGACGGUUCGGUGGAUUAACAUCAACGGAAUGAGCUGGGAUGUCAUCAAAGCUAUUGCCAUCAAAUACGAUCUGCACCAUCUUGCUGUCGAGGAUCUCCUGCAUAUCCCCCAACGAACAAAGGUCGACAUCUACCCAAAACACACGUACAUCGCCUGCACCCUCCUCACCCUGAUGGAAGUCACAGAGGACGGAGAACUCAAGCUGGUGGACCCUUUGAAGAGUCCGGUCGGAAUCGACCCAGAGAUGCUCUGCCAGCGAAUGCCCCUCGAAAGUGUUGACCAUUUCAGAUACCAGUACCCCGUUGGCGAACGCGGCCCAAACGUCCUCAAGGCUCAUAUGGAACAAGUUACCAUGUUCCUGCUUCCUGACGGGACAUUCAUUACCCUCUUCCAAGUCUCUGGCGCAUCCGUUGUGAACCCUAUCGUGGAGCGACUGACGCACGACUACUCGAUCGUUCGCAAGCAUGGCGAUGCCAGUUUCCUGUUACAGUCGGUCAUGGACGGCAUUGUGGACCAUGCGAUUCCUAUCACUGACGCGUUUCGACAGGAGAUCAACGACCUGGAGACCCACGUUUUGGCGCUUCCAAGGAUGAAGUUCACCAAGGAGCUGCACCAGUUGACGGCUCAGUUAUCCAUGUUGAAGCGGACUCUGGCGCCAACACAGGCACUGGUCCAUGCUCUGCGAGGAAGAGAUGCGCGUAGCCCCUUGACAGAUAUCUCGCGGACGUACAUGGGCGAUGUCAUGGACCAUUGUAACACGAUGGUGGAGGACAUUGAUUCAAUGCUAGCCCUGUGCGACAAGUUGAUUGAUAUGAUCUUCAACAUUAUCGCGUACGACACCAACGAGUCCAUGAGGAGGCUUGCGCUCGUGUCAAUCAUUUUCCUUCCCAUCACGUUCGUUGCUGGAGUUUACGGAACCAACUUUGAAAAUUUUCCCGAGUUGAGGCAUAGCAUUGGCUACUUUUGGGUUAUUUGUGGAGUUGUCACUGCUAUUGUGUUGGCUAUGUUUAUUCUGGAGUGGCUCAAGAACAAGUACAGGACAGCCGAGGUAGAGAAGCGACUGAAGAGGAGACACACCAUCGAUAUCUCCCAAAAGAACCGGUGA